CCCAGCUAGAGUGCUGGGUGGCUACUGGAUCCUUCGGCUGAGGAGACACGCUUGUUGACAGGCACCGGGGAGUUUUCUCCAUUUAAGGUCAACCGCAAAAGCCAGGCGUUGCUGUUGAGAGAUUGCCGACUCUUCACACCCAGCCCUGCCCUGUCACUGAAGAGGUCCUGUUACACCGUGAAGAUGAGGAGAGCUUUGAGGCCUGUCAUGAAGACCACCAGCUGGGCACUUCUUACCACUCUGCUCCUGAUGGGCUGUGCAGAUGCUUCUCAUGAGGUCGCCAGAGGCUGCGUGCGCUGGACUCCUUCAGGUCUGUCGGAUGUUUGCUGUGAGAGAUGCAAACCAGGAAACCGUGUGUAUAAGAGGUGUGGUCUGGACCCUAGAGAGCUCUGUGUCCCCUGUGAGGAGGGCACCUACACCCUUGACCCCACGCAGGAGUUUUGCCAGAGGUGCACUCAAUGCAUAGGCGUGCAUUUUGUGAAGCAGGCCUGCACCAGCAGCAGCGACACAGUAUGCGGUUGCCGUAAAGGGUAUCGAUGUGGGGACAGCCUCUGCUCCUACUGUGUGGAGGAGUGUGGAAUGGGCCAGGAGCCCACAGAGAGACGCGUCUGCCGUGACUGCCCCAGUGGGACUUUCAAUGACCAGAUCCACCAGAAGUGCAAACCUUGGAGAACCAGCUGCCCCGACCCACAGCAGCGAAUCGUGGAUGUGGGCACUGCAGUCAGAGACAGCAUUUGUGGCAAUUUUUCAGCUACCAACCCUGAGGUCAUCACCGUUCCGGCCAGGAAGGACAGCAGUGGUUGGAAGGCAGCAGCGAUUGCCUUCAUUUGUCUGUGCUUGUCUCUGACUCUUGUUGUGGCAUUUGCCUGCAUCAUUUCUGGAAAAAUUAUGAUGAAAAAGCCGUCAACCAAACAGCCAGUGGUGGAGAAAGCUGCAGAGGGUCCGCAGAGGGUGGCACAGCAGGAGGACUGUAGUUUCUGCCAGCCACAGCAGGAGCAGGGCGGAAGCACAGACUCCGUCUGCACUGAGGAUUCGGAGACUAAGCUGCUUCCUGUGUGAGAGGGGCGGCUCAAAUCCACGGCACUGUUGCCUCACAGGACUACUGCUGUGACCGCUUCCAUCAAACCGGUGUUGCCUCUUGCCCAGGGUUUCUCACCUCAGCAGAAGCUGCCAGGACCUUUCCUAAAACAUGCACACAAGUGGUCACACGCCUCUGCAUGCAUGUUUUUUCUUUCACUCUCUGUUUCACUAUUGCACUUGGUCUCGGACAGUUGUCAAUACCAAAUAUACACCCACUGUGGGAAACACUAUCUGUGCCAUUGAUAAUAUUAACCUGGCUUGCAUUCAUUGAAAUUCCCCUCCCCCCUAC